CAUCCUUUCCUUGCAUUGCCCUGAGCUCCCGGAGGAGCCGGGCGGGGAGUGGGUGCGGCAGAGGGUGCUCUGUGUGCUGGGAGCCUGCAGAGCCCGGGAGCCUGCGAGCACAAACCCAGCCUACCCGGGGUGAAGCCAYCACCUCCGAGGCCAGGAAGCUGUGGGGUGUGUGCUCCGUGUGUGCUCACAGCCGGCUGCUCCUCGGGUCGGGAUGKUGGAAAUGUAAGAGAGCCCCUGAUUGGGAUUCAUUGUGGGAUAAAAGAAUGAAAUUCUCCCGGCUGGAUGGCAAGGAGGAGAGCAUGAUYGGACCCCUGUGCUCCACACUCACUGGAUUUUGAGCUCCUGCAAACACAACUCCCUGGGGUACCUGAGCAGAGUUUACCRCAGCCUUGUGCACAGUUGCUGAUGRARAUCAGCUCAAAAUGUUCCUCCUGGUUUCAUGCAAACAGGCUUUGAGUAGCUUCACAGACUUUUUUCUCGUCACCCUGUACUGAAACACUGCGUGGUUUUAUCUGAAGAGAUGAAUCAGAGGCCAGGCAGAAUCAUCAUCACCAGCAGCAGCGCUUGAUUUUGCAGUGAAUUUAAUCUUGUUUUCAUGAAGCCCAGAUGAGGAACUCGCACCUUUUGUAGGAUUCACAAAAAACCCCCAUGUCCUGGAGUAGCAAACCAUCUGGCUUUCGGGUGCCUGAGCUGGGGUGUCGCACACGGAGGGGAGCGAUCCCUCCUCGGAGGGCUGUGGGUGUUGUCGCACGUACGCAACGGCUGUGACCGCCCUUGUCUUCAAAGCCACCUCGGCUGGCGGAGCCGGCGCCUUAUGAAAUUCUGUCUGCUGAGUCUCCUGCCCCGGGGAGCAGCCCCAGGACGGGGAGAUCGAUGGCUUUAUUGGCAGCAAAUUCAGGUGUAAGUUUAAAAAGGUCUGGCUGAGAUUUUGCCUUGCAAACCUGCUCCGUCCUACCUGAGCGCCUUCAGUCAGGCGCUGGGCUUUGCGCACAAAUCUGGGAUUUUGGGAGACUCAACGUGUUGUCCCAAGAAGUGGCUUCUCCCRGUGACUGCUGAGCCUGAACACUCUGAGGAACCUGCACUGGGCAGUUUCACUCCAGAAAUUCAGGAGCAGCCACCGACCUGCACUACAGAAAGUAGGUCAGAAGAAUUUCUCCACAUUCAUUUCUACUCAGGACAUCUCUCCCUUCAAUCUUCAAAAUUCAGGGAUGGAAAAUCCCCCUGCUGUGGGACAAGCUGCCCUGUGUGUGCCUGCCUCAGCAUGCUGAAAGCUCCCACCUGGAUUCCAACAUCACACCAGCUCCUGGCCAUCAAACCUCGUUAGAACUUUGUCUGCUGGACUCCAGAGCCUGCUCAGCUCUGCCCUGCUCCUGCAGCCCGUGAUUCCAUCUCUCUAAUGAGCUGAACGAGUCCAGUGAGGAGCUCCAGGCUCUGUCUAACGCACCGGCCCUGUUGCAGAGCUCGGCCCCGCAGUGGUGCUGGAGGCGGUUCCCCCAUGGCCACAGCCGGUGGUGAGGGGCAGGCAGGGACCCCAUUCCUGCCAGCCGGCGCUGCCCUGGCCCUGCUCGGUGUCUUGGUCUACCUGGGAGCCCUGUGUGCUGCCUGUAAACGCCGCCCUUCUCCCCACAGCAAGGGCAGGAAGAAGGUGGCUCCAGACGGGGUGAAGCUCGUGGAUGAGGCCCUGCUGCGCCAGACUCAGCUGCGGUCACUCAGCAGGUCGGACACGAAGCUGCACGAGCUGUACCGGGUGAAGGUCAGAGAUGCCCAGCGUCCAGCCAGCCUGGUUCUGCCCUGUCCUGCAGCCCCUGGAGCCGAAUCCCUGCACAGCUCUGGCCUCCUGCACCGUGAGCUGCCCCAGAUCCCCGUCCCUGAGCCUCCAACCACGUCCCCAGCCCCCGACCAGACCUACUCCAACCUGCUCUUCACCCCACCGCGGAAACCAGCGCCAGACWCUGUCUACGAGUGCCUGGCAGUGGCAGGGAAGGAUGCCCCGGUGCCCCCAAUGCCCACUGGCACCCAGAUGACCCCUCCACGGGCCGUACUUGGGGCAGCUGAUUAUGCCUGUGUCCAUAAGGUGAAGAAGACGGUGUCAGUGGAAGUGCAGGAUGGGGCCGUGGCAGGGCCCCCUGGAGCACAGCACUGCUGGGAUGGUGCAGGCAGUGCCCCCCAGGCCAAGCUGGAAGAGAUGUACUCRACAGUGUGCAAAGCCACCAAGAAGAAAUCCCAGAUCCCCACAUCGACCCCAAGGGCCACRAAGGAGGCGGGUUCUGGGUGCCUGCCCCCCUGCCAGCAGGAGAGGGACCCAGCGGCCCCAGGSCCCCCUGAUCCCUGUUACGAGUCCAUCAGUGACAGAGCAUGGACUGCUCAGGGCCGUGGCCCCGACCCCGACUACGAGGCUGUGGACAUUAACUGGAAGAAGGCAGCGAAACGGGACAAGCCAGGGAAGCGCGGUGUCCCCGAGAACCUGUACGAGAGUGUUGUGGACAUUUGGGCAGGGGAGCCCCGGAAAGCCUCUGCCAGGGCAGCGGCCAACGGGCUGGAGGUUUACAUCACCAACCUAUAGCCCCUCUGGGAGCAGGGCAGUGCCACAGCUUGCCAGACACUGACGAAUGCCAAGGGACAGGUGCCAGCAGCCCUGUGCCCACAGGAGCAGCAAUGUCCCUGCACACACUCUCUGUAUAUACUUUUUGUUACUUUUUUAUAAGUGUCCUUGUCCCAUCCCAACCCAGCUGGUGCCACCAGGUUGGUGGUGGAAUGUGCCAAGAUGGGCAGUUUGGGGGUGUUGGGUGCUGUGUGGGACCCCCCAUGAGACAGGGCUGGCACUGGCACCAAGAUGGGAACAGGGUGGGGASCAGUCAUGUUUUGGGGUGGGGUUGAGCCCAUGACCUUGGGCUGCAGGAUUAGACCCUCACUGGGGGUUUUAUGCCAUGACUGAAGUUUCUCUGUCCUCCUCACACUGCCUGAGGGAGACCAGGGUCCCUCCAGCCCACAGGAAGSCCUGAGAAGCUUUGCUCCCAUCACAGAAUGUCCCUUUUGUUAUGGGGAAAUGGGGUCAGCCCUGUGCCUUCAUGGAAUCAUAGAACAUCCUGAAUUGGAAAGGACCCACGAGGGAUCAUUGAGUCSAGCUCCUGACCCUGCACAGGACAACACAGAAAUUUCACUGGUGUGGGCUACGGACUCUGCUCCAUCCUCAGUUCCACCAUUUCAGACCCAUGCAAGGGUGUCUCCAUGGGCAGCCCUCUCCCAAACACCAUUAAAAGGCCAAGA